AUGGACACAAAGUUGAAAGAACCAAGAACUCAAAUUCUGAUUACGGAUAUACCAAAGAAACAACUUGAAUCUAAAUGGCCUGUAGAAUUGGAAAGACAGCUAUUUGAACAAAAGUUCCCCGAAUUAAAGCGUAAAUUGCAAUAUUAUACUCCAUUGGCAUUUCUCAACAGAAUAGUGUUGAUUUUCGAGGAUGAGGUUGCGGCUGUAAAAGUAUAUGACUAUCUGAAAGAAUCGUUGCUGGGAAACGGUCAUUCUUUCAGAAUAUAUCUCACUGAAUCAUUGCUAGCAAGGCCGCGUGCAAAAUCUGUAGAUCAGGUUAGGGAAUCGAGUGAACAAAUAGGUGGGAAGGAUAAACCGGUACUUUCGAUAGACACAGACACAUCUAAGACUGGGGUCAAUUCAUCCUCUUUAUCACUUGGCAGUCCAUCGUUAUCUCCUGAUCGAAAUAAUUUGGAUUCUCCUACUUUGUUGAAAUUUGAUAAUGAGUCCAAGCUACACUACUAUCAGGAACCCUUGCCGGGAAUGCACAAAACACGUUCUCCCCCAAGGUUUUCUCCAACUCUCAAAAUCAACACCACCGCAAGUGGUAGUAGUGGGGAUCUUAAUAGGCCUCCACCAAGUCCCAGUAUUACGAUAAACGGGUUCCCUCAUUAA